CAGGAAUGCACUGCGGUUUCUGUUUUGUAGCAUCAAGGGACCGCAUUUGUAGACAAUAAAUUAACCUUGAACCCUAAAACGAGUCAGACAGUAUUUUCAACUAACUCAGGCUAUGGCUAGCUUAUUUAACUAGCAUUAGGGCUUAUCAAGUUUCCCAGUGAGCGUUGUCAUGGGGAAGUCAAGGACUUCGAAUUUCAAUGGUUAAGCUAGCUACAUUUAUCAUUGUACCUGCAGUUUUUCUCCAGUUGUAAACAUACAAAAAAAAAAUGAAACAACUGAAUUCUAAAAUGCUUUAUUGUUUUUAUUCAAAUAGAAAUUCUAUAUCAACCAAGACUGAAAUCUUUAUUUUAAGGAUUGACACAAGAAGUAAGCGUGCAGGUAACAGCUAGCUUGAAUAUCUGGUUAAAAAAUAAAAAUGGAUUUUGAUUCCUCUACAAAGAUGGAAGAUUCAAGGACUCUGCGUCGAAUCAAAACCUCAGGUAUUUAAAAAGUUAGUUAGCAUAGCUAACCAACCACCACCUUUUUUUUCAAGAAGGAAACUCCACUAUGAAAUAAAUUGAUGAAUAUAAGAAGAGAUGAAAGCAGAGCACGGUGCAGCGAAGCCAUUGAUCAAGGCGGGACUACCUAUGGAGAAAAGAAUUGAACAAGAAAAGCGGAGGAGUCAUGUCCUGAUCAAUGAGCACAACAGGCUGUUGUUUGCCAUAAAGGAAUUAGAGACCAAGCUGAAAGAGCUGCAGGAGUCAAUGAAAGCAAAGAACCUUGAACUGACAAAUUGCAACAGUGAAGACACAUGUAAGCAGCGUAUACGCCAGCUGGAGAACAACCUGGACAAGAUGAAGAUGAAGACCACUAAGGCUAGGGAAAUCCAAAAGGCCUAUCAACACAUCCAGGAGCACCUGCAGCAGGAGGUGUGUGGGAUGUUUAAGCUGCUGGAGCAGAAGCAGCAGGCGGUGGCCGUUGGCCAGGCCGAGGUGGAGCGAGCGGCCCAACACUUCCAGUCAGCCGCCACGGCUGCAGACUGCACUCUGGGCAUGGUGGUUCAGAUGGAGUAUGAGAUAGCGGAAAGGAAAAGAGAAAUGGAUAUCGAGCUAUGUAAACUGAGUGCAGAAGAAAAGGAGCUGACAAGGCAAAUAGAAACCCUGGGGCUCCCGAGCCCCACAGUGGCCAGCAGGCUCAAAGAGCAGGAAAUUGAAGAAGAAGCACUCCCAAUUCCUGACACAGAGCAUCAUGGUUUUGACAUCUACAGAGCAUCACAGCCUGAAAGGGAGCUGGUGGAGGAGAUGGAGGCCCUGAGGGAGGCGCUGGGCUGUGCUGACGUGCAGGAACUAGUUAACAAGGUGGUGUCCCAGCGAGCCAUCAGGCAGCAGCUCCUCACCGACGUCGGCCAGAACGAGGAGCUGGUCCAGCAGGAGGCCCAAACCCUGGCCCAUCUGGAGCUCCAGUACACCCAGCUCAGGUUCAGUGCCCAACCUGCAGCCACAAGGUUGGAGGAGCAGAAGGGAGCGAUGCUGGCAGAGCUGAACGAGGAAAUGCUCCGUGUGGAACGCUUGCAGGCUAGGCUGAAGCAGUCCCAGGACACGAUGGAAGCUAUCGAGUGUGGGGUCGACAACCUCUACUUCAGGAUGAGCUGCGUUGCCGUGGAGGGCUUGCCCACAGCUUCCUGUACAGAGAGCAUGGACAAACUGAGGGACAUCAGCGCCCGUCUACCAACACUACUGCACAGAGCGUCCAAGCACCAGCCUGAGAUCAGCGGCCUGGACCAAGAGAGGGUUUACAGCAUGCUGGAACAGCUCAACAGGAUGGAGUCGAGGAACAUCAAGACACCAAGCACCCAGAUACACGCUCUCCAGCUUAGUGAUGAUGAUAAUGAUGAUGAUGAUGGUGAUGAGGAAGAUGAGGAUGAGGAUGAGGAAGAGUGCUGUCCGUCCCGCGAGGAGAUCAAGAGCUGUAGCAGCAGACUGAUCGAAGCCGAGCAGAACAAGAAGUUGUCGAGGAGAGCCAAGAAGAAGGAGUAGAGACACGGAUGGAACCAACAGGAGAACAGCAGGACUGAGUGACUGUCCCACAUCCACAGACAUUCCUUUUAUUCUUCAUUAAAAUGUGAAAGUGUUUUACAUUUA